AUCAUCAAUCAUUUUGCCUUGGCACAUCUAAUAUGAUAAAACAGCCACAUAUUAUAAGGUUUUUGAAGUAGUAUAUUACUUUUGAAACAAAUCUCCAUCUCAAGUCACCAAAACAGUAUAAUAGGAUGAUUAUAAUUGACGAUUUGACGUUUCCAUACACAACUUGCUUUGUGCAGAUUAGUCAAAAGGAUGAUAGACUCGUAACAUUGACCAUGCAUGAUCCUGUGCAUGACAUGGCAAGAUCAGUCAUAGAUGAUGAAUUAAUUGUUCUAGAUGAUACGAAAGAAAAUAAAUGUGGGCAAAGCACUUACCGCUACGUAUUCAUCACCAACUAUGACAAGCCAUCAAAGGAAUUCUCCAUGAUUUUACAUGGAAAGAUAAGGGCUCUCCAUUUGGUGGGUUGUAGCAAAACAAAACUCAAUGAUGGAGCAUUUUCAUCUGCGAAGUGCUUGCGUGUCUUGGAUUUAAAUCAUUGCUCUAUACAGAAGCUUCCUGAUUCCAUCUAUCAACUGAAGCAGUUGCAAUAUCUUCAUGCGCCACAGGUUAGAGAUGGAGUGAUUCCUGAAUCUAUUAGCAUGUUGUCAAAAUUAAAUUACCUCAACCUCCGUGAAUCUCCUAAAAUAUCGAAAUUACCCGAAUCAAUUGGCAAGCUUGAGGCUCUGACGUACCUCAAUUUAUCAGGCUGCUCUCAUCUCGUAGAAUUUCCAGAAUCGUUUGGGGAACUAAGAAAUUUGGAGCACCUUGAUUUAUCAGGCUGUUCUCGACUAGUAGAAUUGCCAGAAACAGUUGGAAAACUUGACGCUCUGAUGUACCUCAAUUUAUCAGGGUCUAGAAUAGUAGAAUUGCCAGAAUCAUUCAGGGAACUAAAAAAUUUGGUGCACCUUGAUUUGUCAAAUUGUACUCAUCUUACAGAUGUAUCUGAACAUUUAGGUAGCCUCAACAGGCUGUAUAGACCCCGAUUAUAUUCAAGGUGCUUAGUUGCUUACCCUCGCAGAAGAAAAAUUCAAGGUGCUUAUCUGAAGUUUUGGGUAGCCUCACCAGACUGCAAUAUCUGAACUUGUCUUCAGAACUCUCUAGUGUUCAGAAGGAAAAUGAAGCUUCACACAUUCAUAUGCAAAAUGUGAUGGAUGCAAUAUCAAGAUUAGUGUAUUCAGAUUCAGGAUAUUCAGCACGUGGGAUACUAUCAGAAGCUUUGGGUAGCCUCACCGAACUCAAGUACUUAAACUUGUCAGGGUGCCUUCUCAUGGUAGUAUUGCCUGGA